AGUGUGUAAGUAGACCUUUAGUCUCAUUUCAUAAUUUUAAGAAAAGAAGUAAGGAAUAGCAGUAUGUGUUAAGUGUUACCAUGAGUGUCCUGUGUGUGGCCGCUGUUAGAAGCAUAGACAGUAGAAGGCCGCUUUCGCUUCAUUUACAAUCGCAUCCGUUUCCUCUGUUUCAAGUUUUCGCGGUAAAUAGAUGAGGAGCUGAUGUGCGCGGUAACGCUUUCUUAAAAUAUUAUUAUCUUCCAAGUGUCACGACUGGGUUGUACACAUACCAGUUGUAAAACGUCUUCAUUUGAGAGGCCCUCGUUCAAAAAGAGGACAUCUUUUCGAUUUUGUAAAAGUGUCGGUGAAAGUGGAUACUGGAGAAUCUCAGAGAGCUGUUGGAUUGCCUCAGUGACAUACAGUCAAGUGGAGCUCACCUGCUCAGGAACUGGAACAGAUAUUGUUGGUGAAUGGUAACAUCCUAAAACAUUAGAUUGUUUUACGAUCGCAGAGCUUGAAAUGCCUAAGAAGAGGAGACGUUCAUCAAGGCUCAAACAGCCAAAGCAUUCAAACCAGGACAUGAAAAAUGUUAAAAAGAAAUCUGAUAAUUCUUUCUCCUGCAAUCCAGCCACAAUGUCUUUCAUCAGACAGUAUGGCUCACCUGAUGCUGGAGCACACUUUGCCAGUGGUAAGGAUAGUCAGAAAUACUGGGAAGACAUUACAGCUUUCUGCAGUCAGACUCCAUACUGCCUUUAUUUAUACCAUGGAGUGGAGAUUCAGGACAAGGAGGCCAGUGUGGUCUUGUUGGGCUUUUUUGACAAAGUUGCUGGAGAAACCAAGAUCAGACUGCUUGAUGUUCUUCAUCCAGAGGAAGAGACUGCUGAUGUCAUCUGUACCUGCGUUGUGGAGGUGCUGAAGAAGUUUAGAAUACCUCUAAUGAACAUGGCAAUAUUUUAUUCAAAUUUCCCAGAUCAUGAAGAUCUUCUCUCAGGUCUGAAGUUGCUGAAACCUGAGAUCGUUUCUUUAUGUGGACUUACAGACAUGGCAGGACGAGUGUGUCACAGCGGUGUUGAGAAAAUGGAGAUUUCUGGCCAGAUUGUGAAUCUCAUCACAGAGAUCUACAAGCACUUUCCAUCUUUUCCAGAUUCUCUACAAACUUUGCUUGAAGAUGUUGAUUGUUCAGACUUCGCUAAUAUCCUGACGUCCCAAUGCUUUCUCUUCUGGAGAAUCAUCCAGAAAAUGACUUUAGCUUGGUCAGACCUUGAGAAAUACUUUGGAUCUCUGGAUGCAGAUGAAAAAUUGAUCCGUCGUCAUCUUAGUGAUCCCAAAAUAAGACUCAACGUCCUGUUUCUUAGCCACGCUUUGCAACCGCUUUGUGAUUUUCAGGAGAAUAUUGACCGAGGUGUCAGCGUGACACAGCUCCUCCAAGAUGCUUCUCAAUUAGUGACAUUCUACACAGAUAGUUUCCUCAGACAAAAAACAGCUGAACUUUUCCAUAGGAGAGGGAAGACCUCACUUAUACAGGAAAAAGUUGGACAUUUACCUAGAGGAGAGGUUGAAGUUGGCAAACAGGCUGCUGACUUUCUCCUGCAAUGCUCAGAAGAGUUAACAGACUACUUGGACACAUUCCACAGUUCCAUCAUCUCCUUCUACACGACUGUGACUGUUAAUAUUGUUGAAAGUUUACCCUUCCCAGAUGCCACUAUGAGAGACUUGUCAUUAGUGUUGUGUCCAGGGAAAAAGCUUGAAGUGACAGGCAAAACAGUCCAAGAUUUAGGUGUCUGUUUUGGGGUUUGCUCAAGCCCGGAGAAUGUCAGCAUACUCACAGAUGAGUUUUUGGAGUAUCAGUUCCUUGAUGGAGGUGACACACAACCAGCCGACCAGUCAAUGGAGGAGUACUGGAAGACUGAGCUGAGGAUUAUGGGAAGGACUUCUAGUUUUGGGAAAUUAAUCGUUAGCUUGUUGGCAUUGCCCAGAACAUUGAAAACAGAGAUCAUUUUUGAACAGGUGUUCCCACAAACUGUCUCAGAUCUCAAUGAGAGGGAAACGGAGGACUUGGAGGACAAAGACAUGGCUAAAGAUGAUGUCACAGACAGCAGCUCAUAUAAAAGUGCUCCAUCACAUCUCAGCCCAGAGACUCAAGGGAGCAUCACGUGUGACGGCAAUGACUUAUGGGACGUGGAAAACAUUGUGGCAAUGGAAGUGGAGGAUACUGUGCCAGUCUCUUCUGAUUCAGGCCCAGAAAGUCAAAAUGACACAACAGGACAUCAUUCAAAUGUGUCCAUUGAUGAUGAUGAUGACAAGUACAGCAGCAGUGAUGAUGAUGAUGAUUGCAGCAGUAGUGAUGAUGAUGUCAUAUGGACUGAGAAAAGAAAAGGAAUCAUCUCGCAUAACAAUGAGAAAAUAAACAUUCCAUACCAGGGGGGUUACACAGUGGGUGAAAUGGUUUGGGGGCCCAUUGAUGGUUUUGGUCUUUGGCCGGGACUGGUUCAGAGCUGGGACAGCAAGACGCCUUGUGGCUCCAUGCGUAAAGUGGUUUUCUUUGGGAACAGGAUGCUGUCAGAGAUUCAAGUAGAUGACCUCCUGCCCUUUUUUUCCUUUGCUAAGUGCUUCUGUUCUAAUUCCUUCGCUACUGUAGCGACAUAUAAAGAUGCAAUCUUCAGUUCUCUGCAGGUGGCUUCCAGACGCAGUAGAAUGUUUUUUACUCCUGAGGCAGACUCUAAGGAUGAGUUGUUUAGAGUCAUGAUGGACUGGGCUUUUGGAGGUUUUAAGCCAUCAGGUCCAGAUGGACUUCGACCUCAAUCAGAAUACAAUGAACAGGCUUUUAAGCCACGGUCAGUGAACGGGAAUGUUGGGUCCUCUCCAAACUACAAAGACCAUAGGGAAAAAUUAUUUAACUUAACCGUAUCUCUGAAUAAGCUCCCUGAAUCUCUGGACCUGCACAAAGGUUCAAUAAACCUUGGGAAAAAAAAUGUUUACAGAAAAUUCAUGCAUCCAAAGUGGAAGCAGAGAUCCUCCCAGACAGUAAGGACUUGUCGAGAACAGAAACGUACUUACAGGGAUAUGCUUCUAAAUCACUGCGAAAGUAUGCAGGUUGAGUCCAGACAGAACAGCCAAAAAAGAUAUCAAAUGGUGCAUACAUUUCUGGAAAACAAGAUAGACAUUAAAGAGUUCUGCUUAUCAUGUGGGAGUACAUUUGUUGACAUCAUCCACCCACUCUUCGAAGGCAGCCUGUGCUUAAAAUGCAAGUUUAAUUUCGCAGAGACACUGUACAGAUAUGAUGAAGAUGGUUAUCAGUCGUACUGCACCGUUUGCUGUUCAGGCGUGGAGGUCAUUCUGUGCGGCCAUCACAGCUGUUGUCGCUGCUACUGUGUGGACUGUCUGGAUAUCCUCGUGGGUGAAGGGACAUUUAACCAGCUGAAGAAUGUGGACCCAUGGACCUGUUACCUGUGUGCACCUGAGAGCAGCUCUGGAGCUUUGAAGCCCAGGCAUGACUGGAGCAUCCGAGUGCAGGAAUUCUUUGCUAACAACAGCGCCAUGGAGUUUGAGCCCCACCGUGUUUACCCAUCAAUCCCUGCUAACCAGCGACGUCCAAUCAGAGUCCUUUCCUUAUUUGACGGGAUAGCCACAGGAUACCUUGUUCUGAGGGAUCUUGGGUUCAAAGUGGAAAAAUAUGUGGCCUCAGAAGUUGAUGAAGAGUCCCUUACCAUUUCCAUGGUCAACCAUGAAGGAAAAAUCACUUAUGUGAAAGAUGUUAAGAACAUUACGAAAAAGCAUAUUGACAAAUGGGGUCCGUUUGAUCUUCUCAUUGGAGGAAGUCCUUGUAAUGACCUGUGCACGGCCAAUCCCCACAGAAGGGGCUUGUUUGAAGGCACAGGGCGGCUGUUUUUCGAAUAUUAUCGGCUUCUGAAUAUUCUAAAGCCAAAGGAGGAUGACCCACGGCCGUUCUUCUGGCUGUUUGAAAAUGUGGUGUUAAUGGAAAACAAGGUUAAAGCUGACAUUUGCCGCUUUCUGGAAUGUAACCCUGUGCUCAUUGAUGCUGUGAAAGUGAGUCCAGCCAACAGAGCAAGAUACUUCUGGGGGAACAUACCUGGCAUGAACCGACCAAUCGUAGCAUCUCAGAAAGAUAAACUGUGUCUUCAGGAAUGUCUGGACCCUGGCCGCACUGCAAAGUAUGAAAAAGUUCGCACUAUCACCACACGGCCAAACAUACUAAAACCGGGCUCUGAUGACCGGCACUACCCCAUCAUUAUGAAUGGGGAAGCUGAUUGUCUUUGGAUCACUGAAUUGGAGAAAAUAUUUGGAUUUCCGAAGCAUUACACAGAUGUGAAAAACUUGGGACGUUUGCAGAGGCAGAAAGUAUUGGGGAAGUCCUGGAGCGUCCCUGUCAUAAGACAUCUUCUAGCACCUCUGAAGGACUACUUUGCUUGUGACUAGGCCCCCUUGAAAUGAACUGAAGUUUAUUGUGUCUUUGUUCUUCAUGAGUAAAAAGACAGUUUGUCACUUUUCAUUGUUUAAGCUAAAAUUUAGAAACCUGGUAAAUGUGUGUAGUGCUCUGUAAAGUGCCAAGAUAAUAAAUACUGUUUAUCUUUGUCUUGAUUUAAGAACUAAUUUAAUGUUGACCAGUGACUGAAUUAUUAUUUUUUUAUUUAAUUCUUGUUUGUUUAAGCUCCCUUGAUAGUUUAGUACUUGAUGGUUUAGUACUUUUAGCACUUAAAAUAAGUGAAGUGUCUAUUUUUAACAAAUGUUAGAAGAAUAAAGAUAUUGUUCACCCUGCAA